AUGGUUGAGGAAGGCACAACAUACAAGAAGACCAAAACAGCACGUCCAAAAGCAGUCUACCUCUGGACAACAGCUGAUGUAGUUAAAUGGUACCGACGACAUUGCUCAGAAUAUGGAAAUGAGUAUGCUGAAUUGUUUGUAAAGCACGACAUCACUGGAAGAUCGCUCUUAAGACUCAAUGAUAACAGUCUGAAAAGAAUGGGACUCACAAAUGAUGUAGACCGAGAAGCAAUAUUGAAGGAGAUUCUCAAACAAAGGCUGAAGACGGACAUUAUGGAGAUUCGGGAUCUUGAGCAUAUGAACAGUGUUUAUGAGAAUUGUUUGAAUGACACAUAAAGCAUAAGGUUGAUGUCGACUUUAAGUUGAUGUUGAACUUUCCAGACGUAUUCUCAAUUUAAUUCAGACCCAGAUUCAUAGUUUUAGCUGUCAAUACCUGUAAUAUUUAAUAAUAAGUCAUACCCGGAUCAC